AUGCACGCUAUCGUGCCGUAGAGUCGGAGCUUUUUUACAUACAGACUUCUUGAGUGACAUUGGCCUUGAUGCGCUGUAUGGACAAGUAAAAGGAUAACGAGUGAUUAUUUAGAGUGAGACUUAUUUUACAUCUCUGUGACCACUGUGCCGACUACCAGUCGUCACGAUGUUCUCACAUAAAGAUCAACCUUUUUGCCGAACGACCUUUGAGUGGCAAAGGUGUAAAUGCGUAGAAAAACAAUGACAAGUCUGCGAGUGGACAGCUUUGUAUUAAAAUUUCGAAAAAAGCAAGCAUGAGCACCCAUUCUCAUGGGUUCAGAAGAGAAAACGAAUCCAUUAAUUCAAAAAAAUUGAAGUGAAGGACGCAUACGAUUUUCUUUGAUAAAAGUUUUGUUUGUGAAGAAAAAGAAAGAUUUCAUCAUCAGCGAAUCGCUGUGUAUUAGGUGAAGGGGUACGAGUCGAUGAUAGUCGAAGCAUCAUCCUCAGAGUCUGACUAGUUCUAGUUUGUUUCUUCCCGGUUUUUGAGUAAGUACUUCAUCUGCGUGUUUGACAGCAGUACAGCAUCAGCUGCACCACAACGAAAGCAUAAAAAAUGGCAGCAGCUUUUGAGGAGCCUUCAUCUUCGGGCCGCCCACUCUAUCUGGACGCGCGCGAUUGGGACGCUCUGAAUAACACUCUGCAGGAUCAGGGUAUCCGGCUCUUCUGCAGUAACGAACCCAAAGCUUCGAUGAUAGCGCUGACCAUGUUUGUCGACUGGAUGCUAGGCCAGGGAGCUUCUGCGCCGUCUUCCGUGACGGUAUUCGUGAACCACAAAGACGAGGAACGGAACGGGAACAAUGCCGAAGACGGCGAUUCGCGGCCUUCGUCGGGUGGGAGAGACUUCGCUGCGCUGGAAGAGAAAUUGGCGGAAAUCGCGGAAGACCAUGCGCGAUUGCGUCGCUCGGAGUCCAAUAUAGCGACCAAAGUAGAACGAGUCUGGGCGCCUGAAGAUGAACAGAUGACUAUCUCUUUAACAGCUGAAAAUAGCACCGCUGCUUCUGAACACGAGGACUCAGGGAACUCAAGCGACGAAAAUCAGCCGAACAUCUACUCAGCGGAAGGGGAAAAGACAAAAACUGAGGGCUCUUUCCGCCGAGGACCUGUACUUUCAUUUUCAGGCACUUCGUCUUCUUCUGGUAGCAGCAGUACUCAAGUCGCAGCACGAGGAAUCCUCCCGGCUCUGGCUUCAGCAGGGUCAGUCGUCCCAGAAGAGGUCGCAGGUGGGCAACUGUGCUCGCCCUUCACAGCAAUGAGCCUCGUCACGUGCGCAUUGAUGAACCAGACCUAUGACGGCAUUGAAAACGACGCUGCACAUGGGAAGUUCAAAAAGUGGGGAUAUUUCAUGCAAGUGGUGCGAUCGCACUUCCUAAAAUACUACGGAGAGCAAGCGCGCUAUGCGUGCAAACCCGUAGACGUUAUGCCGAGUGUCGCGGAGGAGGAUGAGGAGGAAGGUGGGGACGUGGAUAUGUUGAAAUUUAAUCCCGCUGGUGAAGUUGAAGAAGUAUCGUAGUAAGACAUCAAGAACUACUCUAUGUAUGAACUCAAAUUGAAACAAGUGAAAUCUUCUGCAGAACUAUUUUGAGGAGGUGCGAAUACAAACUAAAACUCAAACAGAGCUGAAAAUAAGUAAUACGGAUACGACUGAUGUCGGAUUUCGAUCUCCUUCUCCGGAUGAUUGAUUCAUCAGGAGUAAGUACACGCUUUGUGUUUUUUUGAAUUUAGAACCUGCACUCUUUGAGAACAAAGACAUCUGAAAGAAAGAGCUAGUAGGUACUACUUGUAUAGAAUUCAUUGAUGAUUCGUGCUCCAACACAUGGAAAUGCUGAACAGCUUCACGGCGAAUGCUGACAUACUCGAAGAACGACUAAGAAGACAUUAUAAUAUAUUGGAUUCGAUCUACUGUACGUCGAGUUGUUUGCUUCGAGGCGAGCAAUUGUUAAGCUCUUCGACACUCACACUAGCACCUCCAAAAAAAGAUUACUGAAAGACGAGCGGGAUGAAAGCUACUCCGUUGAAAAACUAACUUCUAGUGAUUUGACAGAUGUGCUACGGCUACGCACAAAAAAAAGCUGCAGGUAGAAAGGGACAAAAACGUGGAGAGAAGAAUAAACGAAAACGGAGUAAAGGC